UGUGUGAGAGAUCUAAUGAAAAGGAUUAAAUUUUACACACCCUUUAACCCCGGCGUCUGGAUGCGCUCGCGCAUAAAACCGUGGUGCAGUGCGAAGCGCGCGCAAACACACGCACGACGUCGGGCCGUCACAGCCGUCAGAAUGCGAUUGUUACUAUCCACGUUGGCCGUCCUGGUUGCAUUAACUUAUGUUGAAUCAACGGACAGCAGAGCGCGUAUAGUAUGCUACUUCAGCAAUUGGGCGGUGUACCGGCCGGGAGUGGGUCGAUACGGCAUCGAAGACAUACCUGUUGAUCUGUGCACUCACAUCAUCUACUCCUUCAUCGGCGUCACGGAGAAGAGCAGCGAAGUUCUAAUCAUUGAUCCUGAGUUGGAUGUGGACAAAAAUGGAUUCCGCAACUUUACGUCUUUGAAGGCGACGCAUCCUGACGUCAAGUUCAUGGUGGCUGUGGGUGGUUGGGCCGAAGGAGGCUCCAAAUACUCCCGCAUGGUGGCGCAGAAAUCCUCCAGGAUGGCCUUCGUGAGGAGCGUACUUGAUUUCAUGAACAAGUACGACUUUGACGGUCUGGACUUGGACUGGGAGUACCCUGGUGCAGCGGACCGGGGUGGCUCCUUCUCUGACAAGGACCGGUUCCUCUACUUUGUUCAAGAGUUGAAGAGAGCAUUCGUCAGGGAGGGCAAGGGUAAAGAGUUGACAGCCGCUGUGCCGCUGGCUAACUUCAGGCUGAUGGAGGGCUACCACGUUCCUGAACUUUGUCAAGAACUUGACGCCAUCCAUGUGAUGUCCUACGAUCUGCGUGGAAACUGGGCCGGAUUCGCUGACGUGCACUCUCCCCUUUACAAGCGUCCACAUGACCAGUGGGCCUAUGAAAAACUCAAUGUGAACGAUGGUCUGAACUUAUGGGAGGAAAAAGGAUGUCCCUCUAACAAACUCGUCGUUGGCAUUCCUUUCUACGGUCGUUCCUUUACCCUCUCUGCUGGCAACAACAACUAUGGACUUGGAACAUACAUCAACAAGGAGGCUGGCGGUGGAGACCCUGCGCCUUACACUAACGCUACAGGAUUCUGGUCUUACUAUGAGAUUUGUACCGAGGUAGACAACCCGAAAUCGGGUUGGACCAAGAAGUGGGACGACUACGGCAAAUGCCCCUAUGCUUACAAAGGCACCCAGUGGGUGGGCUACGAAGACAAGAAGAGUGUUGAGAUCAAAAUGAACUGGAUCAAACAGAAGGGUUACCUCGGAGCCAUGACCUGGGCUAUUGAUAUGGACGACUUCAGAGGUCUCUGUGGAGAAACCAAUCCAUUGGCGAACCUGUUGUAUAAACACAUGAGCUCUUAUUCAGUGCCACCUCCCCGAACUGAAAACGCUACGCCUACUCCUGAUUGGGCAAAGCCACCUUCAACGCCGUCUGAUCCAUCUGAGGGCGCACCGAUACCUACCACCACGACUCAGGCACCUGCCACCCAGGCCACUACUUCCAAGAAACCUACCACUCAACGACCUACCACGCAAAAACCUACCACACAGACUCCUGCUCCAGAUGAGAGCCCUGAAUCUCCAGAGGAGGUCGACCAGGCACCAGCGGAAAACGAAGUGGACAUCCCGGAAGUUUGCAAAAAUUCGGAUGAUUACAUUCCAGACAGAAAGAACUGUGAUAAGUACUGGCGUUGCGUGAACGGCGAAGGCAUGCAGUUCAAGUGCCAGCCCGGUACAGUCUUCAAUAUUCAACUGAAUGUUUGCGAUUGGCCGGACAGCGCAAAUCGGGCUGAGUGUCGCUCAUAGAAACUGCAAAGAAUUUUUAUUCAAAAGUGCAUACAUAGGAUGUCUACAUAAUAUAGGUUUCCGGCCAGAAUAAUUAUUCUAUUUAUUUAUUUCAAUGCGUGAAAGAAUUUCCAGAAUCAGAUUAUUAGUUCCCAAGAUUACCCUCUACGUUAAACUAACAACCUCUUUAUAAUGCAUAGAUAAGUCUAGGAGCGUGGAGUGGGCAACCCGCUUUUCAAAGAUGCAAUAGGUAUUACUUGCCUAAAGAUAGACCAUAAUUUCGCAGAUAGCAUGUGAAAAACCUCGUGGAAAGCCAUGCUAUCUUACUGAAAGUAUCCUGUGAAAAAUCACUAAGCAAAACCUCACAGUUUAAAAAUACUACCUCAUAGUUCAAUCAGCAUUUUACAAAAACUUUGUACCUAUAAAUACAAACCAAUGUAUGCACUUUUAAUUAAAUCGGUUCAAAUUGUAGGUUAUUUUCUGCGUGCAUUUUUUGUUUUAUUUAAUUAUUGUAAAUAGUAUUAAGAAUGAAGUCUAAAACAGUUUCGAUCAUGUAACAAUUAGGUACUGUUAUACGAACUUAAUUAACUAAAAUUAUAUAUUUUUUUGAAGCAUGAUUAAAAUUGUUUUACACGGACCAAUAAAUUUAAGAAUAUUUAAGAAAAAUCUGACAAUUUGAGGUCAAAGAAUAUAAAAAACACUGCCCUUAUGUUAUAAAAACGAUUAAUCUGAAUGAUUUGUAAAAAUGCUCAAUUCUACUCCAUUUCUGCAAUGUAAUUUGCUCAUCAUUUAUUUGUAAGGAAAAAUGCAAGACGGAAUGUUUCCGACGCGUUAAAAAUAAAAAAAAUGUAAACGUUUUUAUAGACAGGCAAGUCUAGGCAAUUAUCUGGCGCUGCCAGUCACUAAGUAGGUUUAGCGCUCUUCGGAAAUAGACCGUCUUUUUUAAGUUAAUUUAUUUAUUUCGCUGAUUGAAGCUAAUAAAGUAGUUUUAAUAAUUUU